GCGUUACCUACCUGCGGGGUGCAAUAAAAUUCGUAGUUUUCAAGUGCCACACAUCCAGCGAUGAAAAUCUGGAACUACGAACACACUUUCAACCACCCUUGGGAAACUGUAGCCACAGCCGCUUGGAGGAAGUACCCGAACCCCCAUAAUACUGCGGUUAUUGGUACUGAUGUUGUGGAGCGAAAGGUUGUUGAUGGGGUGCUGCAUACUCAGCGCUUAGUCAGCUCUAUAUGGUACUUCCCUAAAUGGGCCCAAGCACUCAUUGGAUCAGCAAAGAUCUGCUACGCUGCUGAGCACUCAGAAGUAGACCCCAACGCCAGACACAUGGUUCUGAAGACCAUCAACUUGACCUUCUGCAGACACAUUGCAGUGAAUGAGACUUUGAAAUAUCUUCCACAUCCGGCCGAUUCCCGAAAAACGCUCUUGAAGCAGGAAGCGGUUGUAACAGUCCAAGGAGUUCCCCUCACUAACUACAUGGAGGAUAUUAUCACGACGAAAAUCUCUUCCAAUGCCAGUAAAGGCAGGCAGGCGAUGGAAUGGGUGAUACACAAGAUCAAUGAAGAAGUGCAGGAUUUAUCCAGAAGCACUGAUGAAAUCCUGCACAGUACCAAGAAGUCUUUGGACGAUCUCACUAGUAGCGCGAAGAAAUCGAUGGAUGACAUCUCACACAAGGCCAAGAAGAGUUUCGAUGAAAUCCAACACAUGAAAAUCAACAGCAACUUCUCAGAGUGUUAACUCCUCAAACCUCAAUUGGAAAAAGCUCCAGCGAGACGCGCGUGAUUUUUGUUUAGAAUAAAAUGCACUUUUCUAAGUGUGGGCGUUGUUCUUCGGGCGAGUGACCAGUCAAAGGCUGAUCUUUUUCGAAAAUUGUCUAUUUAUUUGUACAUUCCCAUUAAGGUAUUAAGGGCCGACGUCUUAUUUUUAGCCUGUAGUUUGUCGAUUCUCUCAUUGUAACCGUACCAAUGUGGGUUGUUGUACAGUAAUACCCUUGAAAUGAUUCAGAAGAAAUACAGUUGUGUUCUUGAAA